CGUCUCCCAGACUCUUCAGCUCUCGCAACACCUUCCACUCGCUCCACCCCACGGUCUUUACCAAAAUGCUCUUCUUCAAGUCACUCGCUGUCCUCUCCGCCCUUGCCUUCGGCGCCAUCUCCUCCCUUGCUGCUCCUGCUCCCGUCACCGAGACUGGGCUUGUCGCUCGUUGCAGCUGUGAUAGCCUGCCCACAAUUAUUGCUACUCUGAAGGAUGAUAUCAGCGUCAGCGUUGCGGCUAUCGCUGCCAUUACCGCGGAUAACUGCACAGUGGCGGCCAUUACUCCCAUUGUUGCGGACAUCAAGGCGCACGUUAAUGUUGCUAUCACUGCAGUUGUGGCGCUCUCCGGCCAGCCGAUCGAUGUUAUCAUCGGUGCUGAUAUCGAUGUGAAUGCUUUCGCUGCCAUCGUUGCUGACCUGCUGGUGUUCAUCUUCGUUUCCGUCGGUGCUUGCCUGAAAGUGUGCGUUAGCGUUGGAGUCUCCGCUAGCAUCAUGCCCCUUCUCUGCGGCCUUGGUGAGGUUGUUGGUGCUCUUAUUGUCGCUAUCCUCAACGUCUGCGCUGGCAUCUACGUCGGUCUGGGCGUUGCCAUCUACGGCCUCAUUGGCGUCUGCGUUAGCGUCAUCAUCCAGCUUAACAUUUCAGUUCUCAUUAACGUCCUUGCCAUUGUUCUCUGAGGACCGUUGUUGGGGGUACCAUAGCGAGGUCACUUGCAAGAUAAGCAUGUUAUCGUGCAUAUACUAUGGACUUCAAUAUAAUUUUCUCUGUCAAACUCCUUGCGCUGUGUUUAUGAGUCUAC